GAAAAACAAUUUCUUUCUGGUAAUUAUGGCUAUAUAAUCGUCAUGGUCAUCCUUCAAACUUUAUCUAGUGGCUUUCCAGCUAGUUUCUGGGUGAUCUCUCAGUAUAUAUAAUGAAAUGCCCUCUACUAGUAUCUUGAUCCAAUUUUUGUGAAGAGCCCACUGUCCUUUGGCUAAUAUCUGAUCAAGUGUGCCACCAGAAACGGAAGAUGGGCAAAGAUUCAGCAUUAACUAUGUUUCUCUUGAUCAUACCCUUUUUUAUUCUCUUUAACCCAACUGCGGCAGAACCUCUUUAUAUUGAUUGCAACAAUGAUGCAAGUAACUACACACUCAACAGCCCAUUUGAAAAAAAUCUCAAGCUUCUGCUUCAGGCCUUACCUUCCAACACUUCAUUAACAGGAUUCUACGACAUCUCUAUUGGUGAAACACCAAAUAAAAUCUAUGGCCAAGCACUUUGUAGAGGUGACGUAAACGCUGCAGUUUGUGAGAGUUGCAUAGUAAAUGCAAGCCAAGAAAUCUUGAAAAACUGCAAGAGUAAAGAUGCAAUCAUAUGGCGCGAUUUAUGUCAAGUCCGCUACUCAAACCAAAUGUUUUUCUCGAUGCAAGUUUAUACUGGAAAGUAUCCAGACUGGGACACUCAGGAGAAAAAUAUAUCGAGUCCGGUUCAAUUCAACAAAAUUUUAGAGUACUUACUGACUAACCUGUCAACCAAGGCUGCCUUCAAUCCUUCCAGUAGGAUGUUCGCAACAGGGGAAGUCGUUAUUUCUGCGAAACAAACAAUAUAUGGUCUUGUACAGUGCACUAGAGACAUAUCAGGAGGAGACUGUAACAAUUGUUUAAAUUCUGCUUUGGGGGAUCUUUAUGCCUGCUGUUACGGCAGGCAAGGAGGAAUCAUUUUUAGCAGGAAUUGUGACAUGAGGUUUGAGAUAUACCCGUUUUAUAAUGCGUCAAGUAAUUUAUUACCAAACCCAAUUUCACAAGGGGACAAAAGGAAGAUUUGGAUGUAUGUACUUUUUGCUUGUAUUCCAACAAUGAUUCUUGCAAUUAUUAUUGGAUAUUGCGUUUUCUAUUUGUCGAGAAAAAAGGGAAAAGAAAAAGACGAGGAGAGAGCCCAUCUUGCAUUAUUACUGGAGUUGACAACCUCCAGGGGAGUCACAAUGACCCAAGAAGGUGAAUUGAUGAGCUAUGAAGAACUUCCUUUCAUGGAUUUUACCACUAUGAUAGCAGCUACAGACAACUUCUCCGAUUCAAACAAGCUUGGACAGGGUGGGUUCGGUACUGUUUACAAGGGAAUUUUACCAGAUGGGAAGGAAAUAGCAGUUAAAAGGCUAUCAAGAAAGUCAUGGCAAGGCUUGGAGGAAUUCAAGAAUGAAAUCAUACUGAUUGCAAAACUUCAGCACAGAAAUCUUGUCAGGCUCUUGGGAUGUGGCAUAGAGGGAGAUGAAAAGUUUCUCAUAUACGAGUUCAUGCCCAAUAGAAGUCUUGACAUGUUUAUCUUUAAUUCAGAAAGACGGGCACAACUCGAUUGGAACGCACGUUACAACAUAAUUUGUGGAAUUGCUAGAGGACUUCUAUACCUUCACGAGGAUUCCAGGCUCAAAAUCAUUCACAGGGAUCUAAAGCCUAGCAAUGUAUUGUUGGAUCAUGAAAUGGUUGCCAAGAUUUCAGAUUUUGGCAUGGCAAGGAUUUUCAGUGAAAACCAGAAUACUGCUAACACUAAAAGAGUUAUAGGAACAUAUGGAUAUAUAGCCCCAGAGUACGCAAUGGCAGGGCAAUUUUCAGUGAAAUCUGAUGUUUUCAGUUUUGGUGUUAUACUUCUUGAGGUCAUAAGUGGGAGGAAAAGUAGUGGCUUUUACCUUACAGAACAUGCCCAGACACUCUUAGCAUAUGCAUGGCGUUUAUGGAAUGAAGGAAAAGAACUGGAAUUUGUAGAUCCGUUGUUGCUGGAGACAACCCCAAUAGAAGAAGUUGUAAGGUGCAUAAAUAUUGGGCUUUUAUGCGUACAAGAAGAUCCAUCAGACAGACCCACCAUGUCAUCUGUUGUUGUACUAUUGGAAGGAGAACCAACGGCAAUUGCCCUUCCUCAGCCCAAACAACCUGCAUUUUCAGUUGGUAGAAUAGUUCCAACUGAUAAAUCUUCUACAACAGAUCCAUCCCUGAAUCAGAUCACACUUUCAGUUCUCCAACCUAGGUGAACAUGUUUGUCUCCCUGUUUGUUAACACAGUGUAACAGUAAAAUGAAUUUAGCUUGUCAUAGAAAGUGUGGCAAGGAAUGUCAAUCGA